UUAAGUACAGUCUAAAAGUGAAAGCAUAAGUCAGGUAGAAGAGAUGGUGGGCAAACAGCCUGGAUUAAACCUCCCAGCAUCCUGCCUGCAGACACUUCAUAUGAGAAAUUGGAGUUCUUUGCUCACAGCAAUGAGGCUUCUCAACACCAUCUUGGUAUAUCGAAGGCUUAUCUUCAUCAUCCUCACUCCGCUGCUUUUAUUGCCACUGCCUUUAAUAAUCCAAACUAAAGAAGCAGAAUGUGCAUAUACCCUCUUUGUGAUAGCCAUCUUUUGGAUCACAGAAGCUUUACCUCUGCCUAUAACAGCUUUGCUGCCUGGCUUAAUGUUCCCCUUGUUUGGAAUCAUGCCUUCUAAGGAUGUGGCAUCUGCUUAUUUCAAAGAUUUUCACUUACUGCUAAUUGGAGUCAUCUGUUUGGCAACAUCAAUAGAAAAAUGGAAUUUACACAAGAGAAUAGCUUUAAGAAUGGUGAUGAUGGUGGGUGUGAACCCUGCAUGGCUUACGUUGGGAUUCAUGAUCAGCACUGCCUUCUUGUCUAUGUGGCUUAGCAACACCUCCACUGCUGCCAUGGUGAUGCCCAUCGUAGAGGCUGUAGCUCAGCAGAUCAUCAGUGCUGAAGCAGAGAUUGAGGCCACACAGAUGACUAAUUUCAGUGGACCUACCAACCACGGAUUGGAAAUUGAUGGUAUCAAGUUUCAAUAUAGCCACAAAGAUGAUAGCUGCUCUGAAAAAAAUGACCUGAAAGAGAAAGACACUCCAGUUUCAGGAUACAGUAAUGAUGCAAGGAAAAUGUCAGGCAAGAUGGAGUCGGAAAAGAACUCAGAAGGUGGAAGAUAUCGGACACGGAGAGAUCACAUGAUGUGCAAACUAAUGUGUUUGUCCAUUACUUACUCUUCUACCAUUGGAGGGCUGACCACUAUCACAGGCACGUCCACCAACUUGAUCUUUGCUGAGCAUUUCAAUUUACGCUACCCAGAAUGUCAGUGCAUCAAUUUUGGAUCUUGGUUUUUGCUUUCCUUUCCUGUUGCAAUUGUUCUUCUAAUCUUGACCUGGAUCUGGCUUCAGUGGUUUUUCCUUGGUUUCAAUUUAAAAGAAAUGUUCAAGUGUGGCAAGACCAAAACAGUGAAAGAACAAGCCUGUGCUAAUGUUAUUAAGGAAGAGUACCACAAACUUGGGCCAAUGAGGUUUCAAGAAAUUGUAACCUUGAUCCUCUUCAUCAUAAUGGCCCUGUUAUGGUUUAGCCGAGAUCCUGGUUUUGUUCCCGGUUGGUCCUCACUUUUUUCCCAGUAUUCAGGCUUUGCUACAGAUUCAACUGUUGCCUUAUCCAUAGGCAUCCUUUUCUUCUUGAUUCCAGCCAAGAAAUUGACUAAAACUGCACCUAAUGGAGAAAUCAUUGCUUUUGAUUACUCGCCGCUGAUUACUUGGAAAGAAUUCCAGUCAUUCAUGCCCUGGGACAUAACUAUUCUUGUGGGUGGUGGGUUUGCCCUGGCUGACGGCUGUGAGCAAUCGGGAUUAUCUCUGUGGAUUGGCCAACAACUAAAACCUCUGGGCUCAUUACCAACUUGGUUAAUCAUCCUUAUAUCUUCUUUGCUUGUCACUUCUUUAACAGAAGUAGUCAGCAAUCCAGCUACCAUCACCCUUCUCCUACCUAUCCUAGCACCAUUGGCUGAAGCUAUUCAUGUGAACCCCCUCUAUAUUUUGAUACCUUCUACUCUAAGUACUUCAUUUGCAUUCCUCUUACCAAUUUCAAAUCCACCUAAUGCUAUUAUCUUUUCCUAUGGCCAUCUGAAAGUCAUUGACAUGGUUAAAGCUGGUUUGGGCGUUAAUAUUGUAGGUGUUGCUGUAGUGAUGCUUGGCAUCUUCACAUGGAUGGUACCCAUGUUUGACCUCCAUACAUAUCCUAGUUGGGCUCCUGAAAUUACUAAUCAUACAUUGCCGUGACCAUCGACCAGAAUGGAUCUUCUAAUUGUUGAGUAGGACAUUUUGAGAAACAUAAGGAGUACAUCAUAAGACUGGACAAUAAAUGGUUAAAUUUAAGAAUAUUUAGACAACGUGCAAGCCCUCCAAAUUACAGUUGCUAUUCUAGAGCACGUUGCAGGUAUUCCUUCAUUUACUAUAUUUACUCUCAAGGAAGCAUGGUAAAAUGUUGCAUUUGGGAUCAAAAAGACCUGGAAUCCGAUGCUAACUGUCAACUAUUAGCUGUAUAACUCUGGACAAAAGGACUUUUUGUACCUUAGGCAGCAUCCUAGGAGUUUUCUACUAAGAGGGUUAAAUUUUAUGUUGAUGGAGUUCCAAUAUUAAUACUAGGGAGAUUCCCUAUGCUAAAGAAAUUAUAGAUUCUUUAAGUAUUUGCUUACUAUGAUCACUUCAGCAGGAGCCACAACCCCAUUUGGGAUGAAAGCAAUGUAAUUCCUUCAUUAUUAUACCAAGCAUCAUCAAGCAACGCAUGAUCAAUAUUGGACUUGGGUUAUUUGCUUAUUACUUUAUACUAAGCGUUUACUCUUCAGUCUUCCAAAGAUAUCAGUCAACUUGCUUUUGGGGUUUAGUCUAACAUUCUGAUAUGUUAUAUGUUAUUUGAGGCAUGACAUGAAGUUAUAAACUUUCCAUAUUGUUUUAAAAUCCGUGCACUUUAUUUGAAGUAAAAAAAUGUAUGAAGGGAGUAUUAUAUUGACCAUCAUCCUGACAUGAAAACUGAACCCAUGAAAUAAUGGGGAUUCAAUUCUUGUUCUCCUCAAACAUGGUUAAAUGAAUUUAAUGUAAUCCAUAUCUUUAAUCAAUAUUGAGAAAUACAUUUUACAAAUGUGUGGACAAUAAGAUUUAGUAUGAUUUCGUCCACUAGUAUAAUAUAUACACCUAUGGUGGAAAAAAAAAACCAAAAACAAUUCAUCAUUGGUAUAAUCACCAUUUCAAACUGCAUAUACUUUGUUUCCCUUACCUGCCCCACACUCAGUUUUUUACAGAUGAAAAAACUGAGACAGAAUUUAAGGUCUCACUAGCUACAUAGACCUAGGUAUAAAGUAAGAAAGGAAGGUAUAGCAAUUGGGAGAGGAAAAGGAAUAAAGUUCAAGAUGAGUAAAGGAAAAAUAGGUCAAAUGAUAUUAUGUAAAAUGGAAAAUGGAAGCAAGAAGCAAGGUCCAAGAGGAAGGUCAAGAUUGGCUUUUGAUGACUAAAUUGUUGAAGGGGGAAAGUACAGUGACUAAAAUAAUUCAUGAGAGGUAAGGAAUAAUUAAGCAACUCUAAUACCAUGAAACCAUUUAGGGAAUGUCAAAAAAAAAAAA